GCCAGUUAGAGGGGAGUAGCAUGGAAGACAGUGUAGAGAAAAGGGGACCGCCGAUGAAGUGUGUGUGCUCAGACGCCGUGUAGAAAUAACAUAUAAGCUUGGGAUAAAUGUAAUAAUGCAGCCUCCUCCAAGAAAGGGAAACUACUUGAAAGUUUGUAAAAACUUACAUAGUGAGCAGGUUGCCAAGUUACAAGCAAAAAAUCAACAGGAAUGUGACUUAUUAGAAGAUAUUAGAAAUUUUACGAAGCAAAGGUCAGCAAUAGAAAAGAGUUAUGGAGAGGCUCUUUGUAAAAUUGCCGCCAAUUACCAAAACAGGAAGAUAGCGUGUGUGCCAGACAUACGCCUGGAAGAUGGAUCCGAUGCCUGGAAUGUGUACAGUGUGUGGCGAACCGUGUUGGACGAAACGGAGAAACUUGGGAAAGCAAGAUUGGCUGCAGUCGAGGUGUUUCAACAAAAUAUUGCAGAAGAUGCAAAACAAACGCGACAAAAUAAAAUCCAUUUAGGGAAAAAGCUUUCAGAACAGCUGAAGGUCAUACAGAAUGAGCUUCAGACCCAAGUGCAAGACCUGGACAGAACGAAGAAGGUCUAUUACGAGGAGGAACACGUAGCCCAUGAUGCUAGAGAAAAAGCCAAUGCAGCAGAAGAGAAACUCAAGAGGAAAAAAGGGUCGAUAUUCCAGUCUAUACAAUCGCUACAGAAGAAUAGCGCGAAGUUUUCAGCAAAACGUGAUAUCUGCGACGAGAAAUCAGCCGGUGCCCGCAAUGACUACCUUCUGGCACUCACGGCCGCCAACACGCACCAAAGACGCUACUAUGAAAUCGACUUCGAAAGAGUGCUCCGGACAAUGGAGUGUGACAUGUACGACAAGGUGGCCGGUUACCUGACCCUCAUGAGCCGGACGGAACUGCUAACCUGUUCGGCUUCGCAGGUUUCCUAUACCAGGAUCCGAGAGCAGGCCAGCACGAUUACCAGAGGCUACAACCUGCGCUGCUACCUCACCUUCUACCCUAUGCUGGGCCAGAAUAUCAAUUACGAUUAUGAACCUUGCGAGGGCGACAAAAUAGACAAGCUUGUGGUUCAUGAUGAGACCUGCCAGGGUGUUUUGGACAAUGAGAGCAAGAAGGCGGUUACCGUUGUGCAGAAGGAGACGAAGGUGAUUCGCGACGUGACCAAGAAGCUGCAGAAGGUGCAAGCGACGAUCAAGACGGAGGCCGACCUCACUCCUGACGUGGAGGCGAAGGUCGACGAGCUGAGGAACAUCAUUCGAAAGGCGGAGACGCACAAGUGCAAAGCGGAGGCCAAGUUGGAGCUGCUCAAGGAAGGAGGCAUCGAGAUCGAGGACUACUCCAAGAGCCUGGACAGCGACAGCCUCGGCGUGGACCUCGAAGUCUCUCUCAGUCGCUCAGGGUCGUCCCUCUCCGUCAGAGAAGAGAUCGAGGGAGCGCCGGCAGAGUACGAAAAUGAACAGCAAGAUUCGGACUACAACGCUACGUCCACAGCAGAACCUCUUUCGAUAGAUUCGGAGAAGGAGGAUAGUAUUCAACAGCCGCCGCCGCCACAGCAACAACCAGAAGAAAUCAAACUAGAGGCGACCAUGUGGGACCCAACGAACGUGGACUGGGGGGAUCCACCUGUAUCCCCCCUCCCCCCGGUAACCAACGGCCCCCCGGAGGAACCAGGAACCUACCCCAAGUGCAUUGUGCUGUACAACUACACUGCCCAAAAUCCGGACGAACUCAGUAUUAUCGAGAACGAAGAACUGGAGCUCCUUGGGGAGGGAGACGGCGACGGCUGGGUGAAGGCGAGGAACUACAAGGGAGAGGUGGGCUACAUCCCGCAGAACUACAUAGAGGAGGAGGAGAGCGGGUCGGCGCCCCCCCAGCAGCAGGAUUUCGCCACCUUCCCCGAGAUAGCUCCUGCGACCGCCAAGCCCGAGGGCACGCAGAGGGGCAUGUCCUUCUCCUCCGUGGAAUACAAUCUAGAGACCGAGGAAGAAAUGGCGGCUCCUGUUUCAUUCUCUUCCAUCGAUUACAGCAUCGAGGGUGGUGAGGAAUACCCUACCACAGAGGACUUCCCCAGCGAGCCUCCCCCUGACCUCCCCCCACCGGCGCCUCCUGCCGAUACCCUGGAGAAGGCCCCUAUCAACUUGCCGACGUUGUCUCUGCCUGUUGACUCCUCCUCCUCCCACGGACUCGCCGAGUACUGCAUUGCUGUGUACGACUACGAAGCCACGUGUCCUGAGGAGAUCACCUUCUUCGAGGGUCAGCUGAUCAAGAUCCUCAAGCGGGCCGUGCAUGAUGUGGAUGACGGGUGGUGGGAAGGCGAGGUGGAUGGCCAGGUGGGACUCUUCCCCUCCCUGGUGGUGGAGGAGUGUCGUUCCGAUGGAGAGCCACUCACGCCGGAUGUGUUCACGUUCCAGGCCGUCUCUGGAGCCUCGCCGUGCACGACCCCGCCCCCCCACACGCCCCCAGAGGUCCCCGGCUUCCUCCUGCCGCCGGAACGGGUCAUCAUCACUCAGCCGACGCCGGAGGUGGAGACCGCGGCGGAAGUGGCUGAGAAACCCGAGGAACCGUCGAAAGAAACACCGUCAAACUUCGACCAACCCAACUUCGAGCUGGAGCUGAGCGGAACGCAGCAGGAGCUCUACUCGCGCCAGUUCAGCUCUUCCCCCGAAAGCGAAACCACUGAGAAGGAUCAGCAGUACGCGGAGUUAGUGUCGAGCCCUGAUGUCUCCAACCAGGAGGAGGAGUUAGUGCAAUCAGCAGCAACAACACCAGAGGCCUAUGAAGAGAAUGGUGACGUUGACUUCCAGCGAGAGGACUGGGACCCCUCCGCGGCCACCACCCCAGCAGAGCAUGUGGAGGUGACACAGUUAGACCUAGUGGCCGAUCUCGAACCAUGGCUUGACGGCGUGGACCCAACAGCAACGACUACUCCCGAUGAUCUAGACGAGGGACGAGAUUUAGAAGCACAUGUGGUGGAGGUUUGUGUUCCACCAGACUCGCCUCCUCUUCUAGAACCAUCCGACCAGGAGUCAAGUAAGAAGGGUAAGGACGGAAGCAGUGGACCUCCUCUGGACUCUAAACCUCCGGGUGGAAAAGAUGACGGUAAGAUAAUUGCGUCUUGAGAUUUUUUUUCUCUC